UCCUCUACUUGCUGUAUCUAUCUUUAUACCAUUGCCUUGCGCUUGCAAUAUAUUUUACUCUUUUAGAAAAAACCAGAAACCAGAGUCCCCUCCCUCCCCCAUAGAAUUUGUAGACCCAUUCUCCACUCCUUAUCAAAUCACCUUCUCUCGAACCUUUUCUUGAUAAACAUCGACACCCGUUCUUCCCUGACCCACCAAAUUUUCACCGUAUUAAUAUUUUCGAGGCGAUCACUUCUUAUAAUUUGAUUUGGACUCGCUAGAUUGGUCCCAAGCUUUUAGUCUUUAGUUUCAGUCCGACACAAGGUUAAAAGAGAUGAUUCUGGUGGCAAUAGUAGCGGAGCUCAUGGAGGAGUACACGGUGCUGUUGGCUAGAGUGCUUGAGCAUUUGUUGCAUGAAGCUCCUUUUCCAAGGCGUAUUCGUUUCCUUAUCCUCCGCAGCCUUCCUUUUGUUUCCUCCACUCCCCCUCUUCUCCGAGCCCCUGCUUAAAAGUUAAAACCCCUGUUUUUUUUCCCCCUUUUGUUCCUCGUUCUUUUGCUUUUACAUUAUGGAUAUAGACAUGCGGAUUUCAAUUAUCUGUACAGUCUCCGGAGUUCUCUUUUCUUCAUCUAUGUAAUAUAAUUUUCAUUUGGAAAUUGCAUUAUGCUAGAUCUUUGUUCUUUUGA